AUGCAGUCGUUACUGAAGAAAUGUUUUUCCAGUGGGACAACCACACAUGGCUUCCAUCAAUUUCGCAACGUUGCCACCAAACCACGUACAGCUGUGGUUAUGCUCAACAUGGGUGGACCACAAAACACGGACCAGGUACAUGAUUACCUGUACCGCAUCAUGACCGAUCGUGAUAUGAUCCAGCUACCGGUACAAAGCAAACUUGGUCCAUGGAUAGCGAAGCGCCGUACCCCUGAAGUACAGAAAAAAUAUUCCGAAAUUGGCGGCGGUUCACCGAUUCUAAAGUGGACAAAUGUGCAGGGUGAACUGAUGUGUAAGCAGCUUGAUAAACUUUCACCGGAAACCGCACCGCACAAGCAUUAUGUCGCCUUCCGAUAUGUUAACCCACUGACGGAGGACACAUUUCGCGAAGUGGAGCGUGACCAGCCCGAGCGAGUGGUUCUGUUUUCUCAGUAUCCACAAUACAGCUGUGCCACAUCCGGAUCUAGCUUUAAUGCCAUCUUCACACACUUCAAGGGAAAUUCUUUAAAUGGUCUCGAGAAGGCGCGUUGGAGCGUUAUCGAUCGGUGGGGCACGCAUCCCCUACUGGCCAGAACAUUUGCCGACAACAUUCGCAAAGAGUUGGAGAAGUUUCCUGUUGAUAAGCGUAAGGAUGUAGUAUUGCUUUUCUCUGCACAUUCACUACCUCUUCGAGCGGUUAACCGAGGCGAUGCAUAUCCUUCCGAAGUUGGCGCUACAGUUCAGAACGUAAUGCAUGAGCUUGGUUGGUCACAACCAUACUGUCUAGUGUGGCAAUCGAAGGUAGGACCAUUGCCCUGGCUGGAGCCGUUUACCGAAGAUGCCAUCAAGGGCUAUGUGAAGCAGGGCAAGAAAAAUUUUAUCCUUGUACCGAUCGCAUUCGUUAACGAGCACAUCGAAACGCUGCAUGAACUGGACAUUGAGUACUGCCAGGAGCUGGCACAUGAAGUGGGUGCGGAAAAGAUUGGUCGAGCGGCCGCUCCGAACGAUCACCCACUGUUCAUAGACGCCCUGGCGGACGUAGUACGGCACCAUUUAUCAAACGGUUCUACCGUUGGCCCAAAGUUCCUGCUACGUUGUCCGGCAUGCGUUAAUCAGAAGUGUUCGGUGAGCAAGCAGUGGUACAAAGAAUUGUGCAAUUAA